AUGGCAAAAGGUGUUACUGUGGCAACCGGAUGUGGCUCACCAACCAAAGAUCUGCCUUGUCACAUUGUUCUCAUCUCCGCUGCUUCUCACUCUUUCAACCCUCGCUCUCUCUGGACGUUUGGAGCCUGGAUCACGCCCUCUUUGUCUCCCGUGUGCUUCCAGGUGGACGUGGGGGUCGUGCACUUCACUCCACUGGUGCAGCCCCAGAUCCAGCAGCCCUUCAAGCUGGUGGAGAAGGUCGUGCGCAACAUCUUCCAGUUUCGACGGAAGCACUUUUACAAAGGACUAGAAAAGUUGUUCCCGGAGGCGCGUCGCGUGGAGCUGACGCAGGAGGUGAUCCAGAGAGCCGACCUGGAUCCCACUCUGCGCUCCACAGAACUCACGAUCCCCCAGUUCAGAGCCCUGUGCGACGCCUACGCAGACCUCUGCUCCCAGAACGACGCUCUGAUCCACUUCGAAUACAGAGAGGAGCUCCGGGUGAAGAAUCAGGAGAAACGGAACAUGAAAAAUCAGUCUGCGUAG